AUGGAAUGUAAAAGAAUAUUUCUGCCUUUCUCGAUCCUUGCCGUGGCAUCCGUCUUCUCUGAGCUGCAGACAACAAAUGGCGAUUUCACUUAUUCGGUUCCAGAGGAGAUGAAAACUGGAUCUGUAAUCGGGAAUUUAGCAAAAGAUCUCGGGGUAUCUGCAAAAACACUCUCAGCGCGUAAAGCGCGGUUGGAUGUUGACGAUGCAAGAUUGCGUUAUUGUGACAUAAACGCAAAUACUGGUGAACUGAUUGUUGCAGAGAGAAUAGAUAGAGAAGCUCUGUGUGGACCUAAGCCGAUUUGUUUGCUUAAAUAUGAAAUAGUUCUCGAAAAUCCUCUAGAACUGCAACAUGUUGUGGUCGAGAUACUGGAUAUUAACGACAAUUCUCCCAUGUUCGCUAGUAACCUUAUUGAAUUAGAGAUCCGUGAAUCGACUGCUAAAGGUGCUCGAUUUGCGAUUAAUGAGGCUCAUGAUGCGGACAUUGGACAAAAUGGUAUUCAAAAUUACAGACUACAGGACAACAAUCAUUUUUCUUUUGUUUUGCAUAAAAACCCUACUGAGGGAAAUUAUGGUGAGUUAUUGUUAGUCACAGAACUAGAUCGCGAACAGCAGCAAGAGGUGACAUUGUUACUCACCGCCACUGAUGGUGGAAGUCCACAGAGAUCUGGAACAGCAGUUAUUCAUGUCACUGUUCUUGAUGCUAAUGAUAAUGCUCCAAUGUUCAAUCAAAAUGUUUAUAAGGUCAGCCUACCUGAAAAUUCUCCUACUGGUACAUUGGUUUUGUCGGUGAGUGCUUCAGAUGCAGAUGAGGGAGCGAAUGGUCAAGUGACCUACGAUUUUGGACGUAUUUCUCCCGAUGUGUCUAAAUUGUUUACCUUGGAUUCUAAAACGGGAAAUGUUGUCCUGGAUGGAAGCUUGGAUUUUGAAAAAGAAUCAGUGUAUGAAUUGGGGAUUAAAGCGAAAGACGGUCUAGGAUUAGCAUCCUUUGCCAAAGUUAUCAUUGAAAUUGUUGAUGUAAAUGACAAUGCGCCAGUCAUUCACUUAAAAUCACUGAACAGCCCCAUUCCUGAAAAUGCAUUACCUGGAACAGAAGUGGCCAUCAUCAAUGUACAAGACAAAGACUCUGGGGGAAACCAGCAGAUUCGCUGCUCUAUUCAUGGCAACGUUCCUUUCAAACUGAAUUCCUCAGUAAAAAACUACUACUCUCUUGUCACUACAGGUGAGCUUGACCGUGAAUUUGUACCGGACUACAACAUAACAGUCACGGCUACAGAUGGGGGCACUCCACCGUUAUCUUCCUUCAAGACUAUUCACAUAUUUGUAUCAGACGUUAAUGACAACCCACCUGUAUUUAAAGAGCAAUUCUACAGGGCCUAUGUGCCCGAAAAUAACAAACCUGGCUUCUCCAUUUGUACAGUUAACGCGAUAGAUCCUGACUGGAGACAGAACGGUACAGUGUUCUAUUCUCUGUCGUCUCGUGAGGUUCAUGGUGCACAAGUGUCUUCUUUUCUGUCCAUUAAUGGAGAAACCGGAGUAAUCCAUGCUGUGCGGUCCUUCGAUUAUGAGAGGUUUCGAAGCUUUGAAGUCCAUGUUAUAGCCAGAGACAACGGUUCUCCUCCACUCAGCAGCAACGUGACUGUUAGUGUUUUUAUAAACGACGAGAAUGACAACGCUCCUCAGAUAUUAUAUCCUGCCCCAGACGGAAACUCUUUCAUGACUGAGAUGGUCCCUAAAUCUGCGCUCCUCGGUUCUUUGGUCUCUAAGGUGAUAGCUGUGGACGCUGACUCUGGACAGAAUGCCUGGUUGUCUUAUCACAUCGUGAAAUUCACUGAUCCUGGUCUUUUCACCAUUGGUCUUCACGGCGGAGAAAUUAGGACACAACGAGACAUUGCCGAGUCAGAUAACAUGAAGCAAAAUCUUGUUGUCUCAGUGAAAGAUAAUGGGAGGCCCUCUCUUUCUACAACCUGUGCUAUAUAUUUAGUCAUUUCAGAUAACUUGCUCGAGAUUUCGGAAUUGAGUGAUAUGACACAUGAGGAAAACACCUCGAAACUUACGUUUUAUUUGAUCAUUGCUCUGGUCUCUGUGUCCACAUUUUUCUUGGCUUUCAUCAUACUCAUCUUCGCAGUGAAGCUUUGUCAAAGAAAGAAGCCUAGACUCUUGUUUGACACAGCAGUCGCCAUUCCCAGCACCCAUUUCCCGCCAACAUAUGCAGAGGUUGACGGGGCAGGAACUCUGCGUAGUUCUUACAAUUAUGACACAUACUUAACAACGGGAUCACGUACAAGUGACUUCAAAUUCGUCUCAUCGUACAACGAGAACACGCUGCUGGCUGACAAUACACUGAGGAAGGGCUCAAAUGAUAUGAUUAGUCUCUCUGGCGAAUGUCUCUCUGGAAACCCUAGCCAGUUCAACCCCUUACGAUUAAAACUGAUUCAUGAACGUUCCGUAUUCCGGCCGUCUAUCUUAGCUCUGAAUAUCAAACCACAACACCCAGAGUUGAGAUUUUCGCCUUUUCGUUAG